AUGGUACUCAGUCUUUCCGAGGAUAACGCUAAUCAGCUUAUCGACGAGGCACUCAUUGCGUGCGAGCGAUUUACUAUAGAUCAUUUGCGAACACAGAACUGCAUUGAGUUUCUUAAAUUAGCCCAAACCCUUGAGCUUGAGCAGCUGAGGCACAAGGCGAUGGAAUAUAUAGAGUGGAACUUCCUGCAAGUCGUCAAAGAGGAUGAUUUUGUCGAGCUCUCAGCUUUUCAGAUAACUUCUCUGCUCGGUAGCAAUAAUCUGAAGGUGAAGAGGGAGGAUAGAGUGUAUGAAGCAGUAUGGAGGUGGUACAAGCAUGAUCCAGAAAAUAGGGAUCAAGACCUGGACGUGGUUUUAAAAAAAAUUCGAUUCCGUCAAAUCAGCACAAAAUUUCUCAAGACGCGAGUACUUCCUGAACUUGUUGAAGGUGAAGGAAGAUGCCGCUUGGAUGUGGAACAAGUUCUCACAUCAAGACGACUGUCGCAAGAAAAUAACGAUCCAGGAACACCGCGGAACUCACGCAAGAUUAUCUACUUGCUCAGCAUGAAGACAACCCGGGUUGACACGUUUGACGAGGAACAGCGCGCAUGUGUGCCUUGCCCUGAUCUUGCGUCAUGGGAUGUUGGCAGAGAUGAUAACUACCGCUGUGCAGUUAUUGUGCAGGACGAGUUGUAUGUUGUAUCCAAAAAAGCGGUGAACCGGUUUAAUCCGGUUACAAGAAAAUGGACGUGGGUCGGUGAAGGCCGUUCUGUACGUGAAGCUGGGGUUUGUUCUUAUAAACACAACAUUUAUGUACUUGGUGGCAAACCUGAUGCUAUGGCUGCGCACAAGUUUGAUGUGUGCCUCGGAAUAUGGAAUUCCUUGCCGGAGAUGAUCAGGCCUCGACGAUGUACCGGUGUGGUCGUCUUGGGUCGAAAGAUUUACGUCGUGGGUGGCCUUAAUGACGAUGGUCUGCUGACCACCAUGGAACGCUUUCACUUGAGGUCUCAAAAAUGGAAAGAGCUGCCUGGCCUUCAAGAGUCCCGCUUCAGUAUGGGCGUGGCUACUUGGGCAGGAAGUAUUUUUGUAUUUGGUGGACGGAGUGACCGCCAAAGUUUAAAGAGCAUGGAAGUGUAUUACCCUAAAGAAGAGAGAUGGGUGUCUGCGCCUGCGCAGUUAAACGAUGACAGGAGUGAGUUUGGUCACGUGGUAUACAAAAACAAGAUCUAUUGUUUUGGUGGGCGCGGAGUAAACACGGUCGAGUGUUAUGAUUAUUUGAAUCAGCAGUGGCGCAUUGUGGGUAGAGUCAGCGAUAACACUUACUCUGUCAACUGUUUAGUUUAUCCUCCCUUGAACUGA